CCGGUGGGAGGCGCAGGGAGGCAGUAGUGCACUAAACGGUAGCUAGUCUGCCGGAGAGAAGAAGAAGAAGAAGAAGAACUUCCUGUCCACGCCGAGUCCGCUCCGUCAGUCGUCCGCUGUUCUGGUUUAGAAGGCCAAAUAGCGACAUUUCGCUCCGAAGACGUGAUGGCUGCAACGUUGCGUUUACUUUACUCCGCGUCAAGGCCAGGGACUUUUGUGGCCAGCCAGAAUCUAGUGAGGUCCUUCAGUGUGUCCACACAAAGAGAAGGAUUCAAGUAUGUGAAUGCCCAAGACAUCCCUACAGACAUGAAGUCCAUCACAGACCGAGCUGCUCAGACGCUGCUCUGGACGGAGCUCUUCAGAGGUCUGGGCAUGACAAUGAGUUACCUGUUGAGAGAGCCGGCCACCAUCAACUACCCGUUUGAGAAGGGGCCACUGUCACCUCGCUUCAGAGGAGAGCACGCACUGCGCAGGUAUCCUUCAGGAGAGGAACGCUGCAUCGCCUGCAAGCUGUGUGAAGCUAUCUGCCCUGCUCAGGCCAUCACCAUCGAAGCAGAGACUCGUGGUGACGGCAGCAGGAGGACGACUCGCUACGACAUCGACAUGACCAAAUGCAUCUACUGCGGCUUCUGUCAGGAGGCGUGUCCUGUGGACGCCAUCGUAGAGGGUCCUAACUUUGAGUUUUCCACUGAAACCCACGAAGAACUGCUCUACAACAAGGAGAAGCUCCUCAACAACGGAGACAAGUGGGAAGCAGAAAUAGCUGCCAACCUACAAGCUGAUUACCUCUACCGAUAAACGCCCCCCCCCCACACACACACGCACACACACAGUGAACAGUUAGCACAUACCAGAAUAACCUCUCUGACACAUACAUACGUCCAUACUGUACAUACUGUAAGAAGACAGACUCGGCCGUGGAUGUGCUUCAGGGUUGGAUCUUUUAUUUUCAAACCAAACAUCACAAACACAUUUCCUCAGUGUCAUCCCCUUCUGAUAUGAUGAAUAUACUUUGAUAUGUUUCAGAUUUUUACCAUGGCAUUGUUUGGAUUCCAUAUUUAUUGUAGAAUACUACAUUGUCUGUGUGAUGAGUGAACAACAGUCCCGCUGCCUCAGCAUGGUCCAGUCAGUGAUCAUCCAGUCAUCCAUGUGGUUGUGUCUGCAGCACAGUCCCACAGGACUAAAAAGCAUGGGGCCUGAGCCAUGCUGUGGCAGUAUCAGUGCUGUGUACACUCACGGCAGAUAUCAGACUUCUGAUGUCCCACACAAGUAUACAUGGGUUGUUGUUAUUAUCCUGGAUGGCAGUGCAAAGUUUUAUGGUCUUUGUUUUUGUUUCCACUCUGACUCAAGAAAUAAAAUUCUGGGAGGAAUACUAAAUGUGUUGAACGUGAAAGUGCCAUCUUGACUUUGGAAAAGAUAUUUUCAUCUCAAGGUCACCAAACUGAGCGGACUCCAUCUGUAUAGGAAGACUCUGACCCCUGUGAGAUGUGGUUGAAAGCUCUUUAAAAAGUUAUUAAGUGGACCCUGAUUUAAAGCUAAAGUCAGUAACUUUGAGCAAAUAAGAUUAAAAAAGUUAUUAAGAGUUAUUAUUAGAAAAGUUAUUUUUAUAAAACGGUCACUAUAUCCUGACAGUAGUGCAGGAGACAGGUAAUCUGUGAUGUAUAAUGUGAGUGCGUGCAUGUUUUAACCAAUUUGAGUUUUAGACCUUUAGAGUAAGGACAUUUUUGGAAAGUGAGGACAUUUUGGCCGGUCCUCAUCUUCGGACAGACCUUCAAAGGCCUGUUUGAGGGUUCAAACUUGGUUUUAAGGUCCAGGUUAGAAUUAGGGUCAGUGUCAGGCAUUUAGUUGUGAUGGUUAAGGUUAUUGUGAGGGGCUAGUGAAUGCAUUAUGUCAGUGAGUGUCCUCACAAAGAUAGAAGUACACAGCUGUGUGUGUGUCUUCCAUGCAGUGGCUGAAUGUUCUUGCUUGUGUUUUGCAAUUUUGCAGCAGAUUUUAAGGUAACUUUAAGGUCUAAUGUUUCCUUAUUGUUUAAGAGUGUGUUUGACAAACAUUAAUCAAACAUUUUGAUAAACGUACAUUAGGAGAUGUGGUGAUCUUCUCAUUAACUUUGGAAAAAAUAUCAAAUGUGUAACACAGCAGUUUGAUGUAAAACUCCCUAGAAAGCAACCCCCCCCCCCACCAGUUAUGUUUCUACAGAAUGUAGGUCUGAUUUUUGUCCGAUGUGUGAAACAUGAAUUAAAAAACACAAAUAACAGGAA